AUGCGUGUCGUUGCCCUUUUCCUCCUUGCCCUCGAGGCUACCCUCAGCGUGGCCGUUGCGCUCCCAGGUGGCCACCGUGGCUGUGGUUGCAGCCGCAACGGCCGCAGAAGCGUCACGGUCCUUGAGGAAGUCGGCCCCAAGAAGAUUGUGUCGGAAGAGCUGAUCAUCCCCGAGUCCCAUAUUGGCGAGCUCACGGGUUCCAAGAGCGGCAAGACGCGGGAACUGCACACCCGCGACGUCAAGCCGGCCCCAAAGCUAAGGCCUGGUCAGCGGCUCGGACUGAGCAGCCAGCAGCUCCAGAAGGUCCAAACCCUGGACAAGGGCACCCGCAGGAGGGCGGCCACUUUCCUGGGCUUCAGCAAGGAGGUGCAGCAGCUGUUUGGCGAGGGUGAUCCUCCCUUCUCGCCUCGGGCCGUCUACCUGCUCGAGAAGGAGUUGGAGGUUAAGGCCAAGAUGCCCAGGCUCAGGGGAGUCCUGGAGCGAUACGAUGCCAUCCCAAUGACAGUAAAGGACGACAAGGAGCCGCGGCCGAAGAAGCGAUCAGAGGGCGACCUCUUCGACACCAGCCGUCUGCCCAAGGAACUCCAGGCCCGGGAUCUUGAGAAGCGCCAAUCCGCAAUGCAGGAGCCCAGACUCACCGACGAGCAGAUCCUCAAGAUUGGGACGAUCGACAAGAAGACUCGCGAAAUGGCUUCCAAGUUUCUGAAGUUUAACCCGGCGCUCCACAAGUUGUUUGUGCACAACGGCCCUCCCUACCAGCCUUGGGUCAUCCGCAUGCUCGAGAAGGAGUUGAACCAGAAGGCCAAGGUCGAGUCAAUGAGGAAAGCCCUGGAGAAGUUCGACGUCAUCCCAAAGGCCAUCUUUAUGGAUAAGCCCAAGGAGCGCCGAUCAGUCGGCGAUGAGCUGGUCAACGGCCCGCUUGAAGGUCAGCCGCAUUCCAAGGUCAUCCCGAGUUCCACUAACGAUGAGGAUCUUGAACAGAGUAAGCCCGGACAAAAGCACCGCGACACUGAAGAGUCUGAUGCUAAGGCGGCAUAUGACUACAAGGUCGCUGAGAAGCUGAAGGAGAUCAAGGACGAGGGAUGGUGCGAGGGGCUCCAGGGCAUGAUCGUACGGACGUUCACCGCUCCAAGGAAGGCGAGUAAUGGCGAAUUCAAGAUCGCAAAGGAGGAGUUUGAUUGUUUUUGGAAGCUUUAUCUGAAGGACAAGAAGUGGGCGCCAAACCAUGAAGAUUUCUCGAUUGCCAACGAUGGGGCAGCUCACGAGCGCUGA